CAAGCCGCAAGUCAUCAAGUGAAGAGCCCCAACAACAAGUGAACGAAAGCUGCACGACAAGUGCUCAGAGUGCUACUACAACGACUAUAUAAAGACAUCCAUCAAGCCAUCCAUCUACGCGUGUGCAAAGUGCCAAAGUGUUGCAAGUCCAAGCAGAAUGCAUCGUGCCUCAACUCAAAUGAAGAUCGCCGGAGGAGCUCUGUCGGUGCUCCUGCUCCUGCUGGUGUUCGUUGCCUGCUGCCAGGCACGGCCCAUGGAUCUGUACGAUGAUGUUAGCGAUUUCUUUGAUGCCAUCUCGCUGGACGAUGUCGCCAAUACGGGCCGCAAUACGCAUCCGGAACAGUUCUGCAUGAUGCCCGCUCGCAAGGGCGUUUGCCGUGCUCUGAUACCGCGCUGGCGCUACGAUCCGGAGCAGAAGAAGUGUGUGGAGUUCAAGUUCGGUGGCUGCGAUGGCAACGAGAACAACUUCCCCAGCUACAAGACCUGCAUGGCCACCUGUGAGGGCAUGUAGACGGUGAUUGGAGGAGCAAGUGAAGAAGUACGGCUGAUCGGUAUUUCUGUAUCCGGUUGGCAGGCGUUGCCAAAGGCGCUUCCCUUUGCUUUUCGUUCUCGAAUCAAAGGCAGCAUUUAAUUUAACACACACUCGCACACUCCUCUACAUCCACAC